AUGUGGGAUUUGAACGACUCUCCUGAUCAGUGUAGGGACGACGAAUCCGAGGGGUGCUCGUCGCAGAAGACCUCCGUGGACGGCGAGGACGAGAAGGGGAAGAGGGUCGGAUCCGUGUCGAAUUCCAGCUCCUCCGCCGUGGUCAUCGAGGAUGGAUCCGAGGAAGAGGAUGGGAGUGGCGAAGCAGGAGGAAGAUUGCUCAUCAAGAAGCGUAGCAGCAGAAUAUUCGGCUUCUCGGUGCCCUAUGAGGAGGACAGUACCAUGGACGGUGAUGAGCCGCCAGUGACACGGCAGUUCUUCCCCGUAGACAAUCCCGAAAUGGGGGCCACGUCCGCUGCUGGUUGUGGCGGUGGUGCUGAUGGUAGUGGAGGUGGAGGAGGAGCUGGUUUUCCUAGGGCUCACUGGGUUGGAGUCAAGUUUUGCCAAUCAGAACUUUCAUCGCGUGCUUCCCAUCAGAAACCCAUCGAGGUCUCACCAUCACAACCGUUGAAGAAGAGCCGGCGUGGCCCGAGGUCCAGGAGCUCACAGUACCGUGGGGUUACUUUCUACAGGAGAACUGGCCGAUGGGAGUCUCAUAUAUGGGAUUGUGGGAAGCAAGUUUAUCUAGGUGGAUUUGACACUGCACAUGCAGCUGCUCGUGCAUACGAUAGGGCAGCAAUCAAGUUUCGUGGAGUGGAGGCAGAUAUAAAUUUUAGUAUUGAAGAUUAUGAAGAAGACUUGAAACAGAUGAGCAACCUUACUAAGGAAGAAUUUGUGCAUGUCCUUCGCCGACAAAGCACUGGGUUUCCUCGAGGGAGUUCUAAAUAUAGAGGUGUAACCUUGCACAAAUGUGGUAGAUGGGAAGCACGAAUGGGCCAAUUUUUAGGCAAAAAGUAUGUUUACUUGGGCUUGUUUGACACUGAGAUUGAAGCUGCAAGGGCAUAUGACAAAGCUGCAAUUAAGUGCAAUGGCAAAGAGGCCGUGACCAACUUCGAUCCCAGCAUUUAUGAGAAUGAGCUGAACAAUGGUGAAGUGUCAGGUAAUGCUGCAGAUCAUAAUCUUGAUUUAAGCUUGGGCAAUCCAGCUGCGAAGCCCAACAGUGGGGAGUUUGUGAACCACAGGCAAAAUGCUGCAAUGGAUCAACAUUCAGCAACGAUGGCAUUUCAAGCUGAUUGGCAAAAUCAGGGAUUUAGACCAAAGACUACCCUGCAUAAAAAUGACACUAAUGGUCGUGGAGGCGAUGUGUAUGGUGAGACGGAAACAACCCAACUUCUUAGCCAAAUCCAAAUUCAAUCACCAGCGGCCCUAAUGAAGGCCAACGAAAUGCCUGGAUAUGGACAGUUCAGAAGGAUUGGAGAGACCCCAAUGGUUCAUGUUCUUCCACAACACCUAAAUUCAUCGAAUUAUUAUAUUCAAUUUCCAAGCAGCAGUAAUGGAAGCAGAAUCGGGAAUGAUCUUUCACUAUCUCCAAAUGAUCGUCAUCAACAGCAAUGGCAAGCAGGUCCUCAGUUGUUUGCCAGUGCUGCAGCAUCAUCAGGAUUCCCACAACAGAUUAGGGCUCCGCAAAACUGGAUGCAGAAAAAUGGGUUUAACUCUCUCUUCAGACCAUCUUAA